AUGAGGGUUCGUCGUCGUCAUCAUCCGCUGUCCAAAACCAGCACCGUCGCUACCAUCCCGGAAGAAGAUUCUUUCGACCCCUCACGAACAGCCCCCGCACACGUCAACCUUGGUGGAGGAGGACUUAGAAAGAAGGCUGCCGGAGUCAGGCAAUGGCUCCUUCUAGACUCCACCGGUCAGGCCCAAGUGGUUGAGGUCGAUAAGCACACCGUCAUGCGGCGGACGGGAUUACCUGCGCGUGAUCUCCGUAUCCUCGACCCUAUUCUAUCAUAUCCGUCCACCGUACUCGGUCGAGAACGGGCUAUCGUCAUCAAUUUGGAGCACAUUAAGGCCAUAAUUACGGCUCACGAGGUGCUUUUGCUUAAUUCGAAAGACCCGAACGUUGCUCCCUUCGUUGAAGAACUCCAACGCCGUAUCCUGCGUCAACAUCACGCCAAUGCAUCUCAGGAAGGAACGGCACGUUCUGAUGAUACGGACUGGGCAAAUCUGUAUGAUUUGGAACCACAGUCGAAGGAAGUUAGCCCUGCAAUAGUAUCCACAACCAUCCGAGAGAGAGGCGAUGGUGUUAAAGCUGAUGGAAUACAUUUUGAUAGCCGAGACGGACUGAAACUUCUUGAAUUUGAGUUCGUGGCACUGGAAGCCUGCCUAGAGGCAGCUUGCAGUUCCUUGGAUAAAGAAGCAAGGACAUUAGAGAAAGAAGCGCACCCGGCAUUGGAUAAGUUGACUAGAAAGAUUAGUACUCUUAAUUUGGAACGUGUUCGUCAAAUCAAAAGUAGGUUGGUUGCUAUCUCAGGACGUGUUCAAAAGGUUAGGGACGAAUUAGAGCACUUGCUUGAUGAUGAUGGAGAUAUGGCUGAAAUGUAUUUGACUGAUAAACUGGAACAACGACUCGACAAUGCUUCUAUGCCUUCUUUUGAUGAGCAAGAUGCCAUGGAUGAACAACUUCUUCAGCCGGAAACGGAUUACAGAGUUCCUGUGGAUGGUCCUAUGGAAGGCAAUGAAAACAUACAUGAAGGUGAUAUUCAGUGGAUGAAUAGCCAGCAGGAACAUUUUUUUGGACCUAAUGCACUUGGAAAAGACAGCCGUGGGACUCGAACUAGCAUGGCACGAAGUGGUAUCAACAAACGCCUUGAUGUUCAGGAACUUGAAAUGCUGUUAGAGGCCUACUUUGUUCAAAUCGAUGGUACGCUGAAUAAAUUAUCUACGCUGCGGGAGUACGUGGACGACACGGAAGACUACAUCAACAUAAUGCUGGACGACAAGCAGAACCAUCUUCUGCAAAUGGGCGUCAUGUUGUCCACCGCGAAUCUAGUAGUGAGCGCAUUCGUGGUUGUGGCUGGAGUCUUUGGAAUGAACAUUAGUAUCGAACUUUUCAAUGGUGACACUCCCGCUCAGAAGGAAAUCGGUAUGCGUAGAUUUCUGUGGACUGUUGGCGGAGGUACCACUGGUAGCAUCUUCCUGUAUGUUAUCGCUAUCGCCUGGUGCAAGAACCAAAGGCUUCUGGAGUAA